UAAGAAACCAAAGAAACUAUCCGAACAAAGCCAACAAAGCUUAUUUUUAUUGCUGUAGUGCAUCGAAAUCAUUCAUCAUGGAGAUCGAAGACACGUCUAUGAUUGCAGAGGAAUUCAGCACUCUCGCUACAUCCGAAUCGGUUUCUAAGAUGAGUAUCUUAUCCAAAAUUAGUAAAGCCACCUUUUGUUUCAUGGAGAAACGCGAUAUUUUCAGCGUAGUUGUAGACGAUAUCGACUGCACACCAGACAACAUAGUCGAUCCCGAUUACGUUACAAUGGAAGACACAUUCUCCCACGCCGCUUUUGAAACCAGAGUACGCGCCCCUGCAUUGCGAAGCAGUGUCAAGUUAUCAAAGAAAUCCAAAUCCGGCGUCGACACAAGCAUGAAAGUUUACGCCACUACGAUCUCCCUUGACGAUAUUCAUAUCGACCACACAAUUAAUACGGAAGAGGGAUUCGUAUCCGACGAUCUCGCUCUAGACGUAGCUCCCUCAGCUUUUUAUUUGCCAAAAAGAUUACCAAUCAUGUCGUACCCACCUGAAAUAUUUGUCAUAUUGAAGGAAACUGAAACAUGUUUUCUGUACGAGUUACCUAGUUUUUCUUACGACAGAGGGACUCCGGAAGGCGCCGCCGUGGAGGAAGAGAACGAGUUCUAUCAAUAUAUAACCGUCGGUAAAGGUAAGAACCGAAAAAUGGUGAACGAAGAAACACAGACUAACGAGCUUAUUACACAAACGCGACAAACCCUCGCCACUCGACCGCAGAAGAAAAAUGCUAUCGUAUUCGCCUCCAUGUGGGACAUGCACGACACGUACGCGAGACUAGCAAAAAUAAAACCAAAGGAACAACCAGACGAAAUGGUUAUGUAUCAGUCUGCUGCGCCCCACUUAUUGCGUAAGAAAAAAGACAAAUCACAUGAAUUUGAACUUGAAAGAAGAGGCAAAACUUUCGAUGAGAUAUCAACCAGUCCGGAGUUUUUAGAUGCAGUUCUUUUAACUGAGCGUGUGCUGGCAACGUUGGAGUACUCGAGUGCGCAGAAAAAGUUUCGCGGUCUCAUAAGGAUAAAUCCACUGUCGUUAGAUUUGAUCUAUGUUUACUCCAUGAAACCUCUUUGGACCCUCGAAUGUAGCGAUACAGAAAAUAGACCGAUUACGGGCAUCUCAUUCAAUCCCAAAAACAAUAACAUUUUAGCCGUCGGACACGGAAAGUUUACCUAUGCUGAAAAUCAGCCCGGUUUGGUAUGCGUAUGGUGUACCAAGAACCCCUGUAAACCUGAGAGGCUGUAUCGUUUCGAGGAUCCUUUAACGUCACUGGCUUUUUCAGAGAAAAAUCCAAAUUGGCUGGCAUGCGGUUUUACCAACGGAGAUGUAUUGAUACUGGACGUAACAUCUUACCCUAUUAAAACUAUAGCUUCGAGCAAACGCGACACUAAUCCUUGCUUCGAGCCUAUUUGGACGACGAAUUGGCGCGCUAUCGACAAGCACAACGAAUACGUCAUAGUGACGUGUCAAGAUGGCAGAAUUAAUAAAUUUACGAGUACGAAAACUAAUGACUUUAUUUGCACGCCCUUGAUGCGGGUAUCCACGGUCGAGGGAAAGAUGAAAGGGUUGGAAGCGCCGAAGCAGUGUAUCAAAGAGGACGUGCCCAUCACCAGGUACCCAGCCGCGCUAUGCAUGAAGUGGCACCCUAGAAUAGACCACGUCUAUUUGAUCGGGACUAACGAGGGUUGCAUCCACAAGUGUUCGACGCACUAUUUGAAUCAGCACAUGGAUGUUUUCAGGGCGCACUCCGGGCCCGUUUACAGUAUGCAGUUCUCGCCGUUUAUGGACACGCUGCUCGUAUCGUGUGGCGCGGAUAGUGCUAUAAGACUUUGGAUAGAAGGGAUGGAUGACGUGAUACUGACGAUGACCUGCCCGGCCGCAGUGUACGACGUGGCGUUUUGUCCGGUCAGCUCUACCAUCAUUUUAUCGGCGAGCGGUAACGUGCUAUCGAUAUGGGACCUUCGUCGGAAAACCCACAUGCCGUGUGCGGAAUACACUUUCCCUGGUCAUGUAGUUUUAACAUUCAUCCAAUUUUCCCCCUCUGGUGACAACGUGUUUGUCGGGGACUCUGUGGGACGUAUCCAUACGUUUCAUUUGGAGGACACGCCGAUACCUCCUUUUUACCAGAAAAAACUAUUGGAUGAGACGAUAAAGAAGACUUUGUGCACGCGACCACAAAUGCUCAAACAAUUAGAGAAACUAGAAAAGUUUAGAGAGAAAUUCGCUAAAUAACUGCUUCAUAAUAACGUUAAAAGCC